AUGCCUUCUGCGCGAGCGCCCAAGCGCAGGAAACUCGACGAUCCCAGCAACGAAACGUCCCCGGCUACAGGUAGCACCCCGGCGAGAUGGAGUACUGGGAAGAAAACCACGGGAGUUCCUACCACCGACAAUCAAUCAAACGAGCUCUCCGCGCAGGAGAUGUGGAAGCUUGCAAAAGCGAAAGGAAAGGAACGAGAUCUUGAACGGCGACGGAAGAGUGAACAUGACAAAAGCGAGCUGGACUUGUACGACGACAUCGAGGGCGCAAACCUUGGACAAGAACCAUGGGGCAGGCUUGAUAGACCUCAGAAGAGAGCCUUGUCGCACAAACACCAGAAUAUCUUUGGAGAGAGAGCAAAGGAGCAGAAGACGGAGGACACUAGAAGUCGACACAAUGUUUCGAAUGGGCAUGUGGGGAGUUCGCCGUCGAAAAAGAGCUUGGAUCCGCUGAGGAAUCAGAGGUUGCAGAAUCAUUCGAGUCCCAGGAAGCCGAGUGCUUCAUUGGGCUUCUUCAAAAAGUUCGCAAAAGCACGAACGGAGGAGACACCGACAGUCGCCACAAAUGCGGAGCACCAAAUAAUCAGUGAGCUGAAGAAUGCGCAGAAUGGACCGGAGGAUCCAAAUGCUUUGGAAAGAAAGGCGGACUCCGCAGCAAGGUCAGAAAAGAAUGGUCAGCACAGAGCUGUAACCGACAGAUGGACAUACGGAAAGCCCAAGAAGACGUUCGAAGAUGAGAUUCGAGAGCUGGAAGAGAAGGCACGGAAUAAUGCUGCCGGUGCGGAGAGUGAGGACGAGUUAGCGUCAAACAACGAAGCGCGCCCAUCUUCCGGCAAAAGACAAUCGUUGCGAAAACCUGUCGCUGAGCCUGCGGUUGAGCAAAAGACUAUAUCAGGUCCCACGCCUAGGCCGAAGAAGUCGCUAGACAGGCGAAAGAUCAGGCAACCAGAUGUAGACAAUGAUGCUGCGGUCGAUUCUGAGGAGAUCUUGGAGAUUCCUGACUCCGAGGAUGAUGUCCAACAAGUCGCGCGAGUCGACCUCCCUCGAGAUCUGGAACCGGAGGAACCCGAGGCCACACCCAAGAAGAAGGCAUCUCGACUGCCGAAAAAGCAGACUUUUGCUGUCUCGGCCAACUUUGAGGCCGCUCGCCUAGAAUGCAUUCAGAAGGUGGUGCUAGAGAAGGCAACGGGCAAGCGCGCGAUCCCCAUCACUGAGCUGGACACCGAAUACACAAAGGUGUCUUCCGUAAUCGGUCAGACAGUCUCAGCAGGCGAAAGCAACAGCAUGCUUCUGAUAGGUGCGAGAGGGAGCGGGAAGACGACCUUGAUCAAUCAUGUGCUCCGUGAGCAGGCCAAGAAGCAUUCGGAAGAAUUCCACGUUGUGCGGCUCAAUGGUUUCAUACACACAGACGACAAGGUUGCGCUGCGUGAUAUCUGGAGACAGCUGGGUCGCGAAAUGGAUCUAGACGAAGAUGAGGCUACCUCGAAGAAUUACGCGGAUACCAUGUCUAAACUGCUCGCUCUGCUCUCCCACCCGGCCGAAAUGGGAGCCGAAAACCCGGAUCAGACUACGAAGAGUGUUGUCUUCGUACUGGAUGAGUUUGAGCUCUUUGCGACUCAUCCGCGGCAGACACUGCUCUAUAAUCUCUUUGACAUUGCUCAAAGCCGCAAAGCACCUAUCGUGGUGCUUGGCCUGACCACUCGAAUUGAUGUUGCUGAAAGCCUGGAGAAGCGGGUGAAGAGCAGAUUCAGCCAUCGAUAUGUUCAUCUCGCUCUGCCCAAGAGCUUGGAGAGUUUCAAGCGAAUCUGUGGCGCGGCAUUGACGCUUACGCCCGAAGAUCUCGCGGACGACGAGCAUGCGUGUCUGCAAACGAACGCAACUUCAAAUCCGGUGAAUCAAUGGAAUGUUUUGGUUACAGAUUUUCUAGAGACGGAAACGUGCGAGAACUUUCUCCAUCGACUCUAUUACACGACCAAGUCUGUCCCAGACUUCCUCGCAACGCUCAUACUCGCCGCAGCAACGAUGCCAGUCUCCUCCAAUACUACAGCAACGGUAGUCAGGGGCCAUUUCAUCAGCCAGUUUGCAUACCCGACGCUGCAGCCGCCUGAUUCCAAAUUGGUCUUGCUUUCGUCGCUCAGCACGAUACAGCUCGCGCUACUCAUUUGCGCCGCGCGCCUUACCAACAUCUACAGCACCGAGAUCAUAUCUUUCGCGCUCACGUACGAAGAAUACAGAGUGCUUGCUUCCAAGGCGAAAUUACAAGCAUCUGCCUCCGGCGCUUUAGCACAAGGCGCUGGAAGUAGGGUAUGGGGCAAAGAGAUUGCCAAAAAUGCGUGGCAGGAGCUGGUUGAAUGUGGUCUGGUCAUCGAAGAUGGACGGACUGGUGGCACUGGCAGAGUCGAUGUUGGGCUUGAAGAGAUUGGCAUGAGCGGUGUCGACUUGGGCCAGUGGGCAAGGUGGUGCAAGGAGAUAUAA